AUGUCGCAACAGCAUCCGUCGAGGACACCUGGAGGCCACGUGCCUCCGGGGGGUGGCCGGUCAGGACGAGCUAAUGCACCAAGCAUGCCGAGCACCUUCAGGUCUGCCUCGCCGUAUACACCCUCGUCGUCGCCUCAUCCGCAAGGGCGGGUCCCCCGUGGACCUCCCACGCCGAUUCACUCGGCUCGUCCUAUGUCACCGCUUUCGUAUCCUGGAAUGAUGAUGCAUCCGAUGAGCCCGGUACCGAUCGGGAUGCCGAUCUCGCCCGGCAUGUCACCGGUCUUUGGCUGUCCUACUUCGAGUUACAUCCAGUGUCCAAGACCACGGUGGCCCUCGCCGAUCCCAGGCAGUCACGCACCGAAGCCGUUUAUACCGAUGCAGAGUUCCUUCAGAAGCGAUUCGGCGUCGCCGAUACCAUGCGCGCCGCCGGAAUAUCUGAUAGCACCCUAUAGAGCCGGGGAUUACGAAUAUAUCGGGGUGCCCUUAGAUCAUACGCAGACAGACGAAGAAAGCAGUGGUCCUAGCACAGCCGAGAUUAUCGCCAGUCAGAGCCAAGAUUACGUGGAUGAAAAGCUUGCCGAAUAUCAAGCUACUAUCCAGCAAUUACAAGGGAGCAUAAUGGACUAA